AAAAUGAGCCCAAAAUAAACUCCACCCAAUUUCCCUCAUCUUCUUCACAGCCAAAACCCCUUUCUCUCUCUCACGCUCAAACUCCAUAAACCAUCUUUCCCAUUUUCCUUUUCCACGCCGCCUGCCGCCUCCCACGAAUCUGGCGGCGCGUCUCCGGCGAUCACCACCGCCGCCCUCAUCUCUCUCUAUCCUUCUCCUUCGCCCGCCCCUCUCUCUGUGUCUCCUUUCUCCGCCGCACUGCACAGACAGCACCGGUGGCCGUCACCGUUACUUCCUCAGACCGGCGCUACCCCUUCCUCCGUCUCUAUUUCUUCUCAGACCCUUCACCCACAAUUCCCCCAAAAUUCAGAAACCUUCCUCCCAUAAUCUCAGCCCUAAGUCUCUCUGAAAUCCCCUCCCUUUCCUGUCACUCGACAACAGCCAACGGCUGCCGCCUCUUACCCUCGAUUCACGGCGAGAAUCGCCGCCCUACUCUCAUUUGGCGACAACAGCAUCAGCCCCCAGGCCCGCUGUCAUCGCCGCCCAGCCGCCCUCCACCAUCUCCAUCUCUCUCGCUCUCUUACCAGAACGGGCAGCGGCCACCGCUGCAGAGGUCCCUCUGCUCGGCUACGUCCUCGACUCACACCGCACACACCGACACUCACAACAAGAAUCAAGCUCAACAAGAUCGGAGCUCAAAGAUUGAAGUUUUAUCCAAAUAAAAGGAGCAGUUGUAUUGGGGUGAAAGGUGCAUGGAGAAUGAGGAUGAAGUGAGAAAGGAUCGUGUGGUCGAAGCACGAGCCAGAAAUAUAAGCCACAAUGUGCGGUGCACUGAAUGUGGUAGUCAAUCUAUUGAAGACUCACAAGCUGACAUUGCCAUUCUCCUCCGCAAGUUAAUACGAGAUGAAAUUCGGUCCGGUAAAAACGACAAAGAGAUCUACAAGAAGCUGGAGGAAGAUUUUGGUGAGACGGUGCUUUAUACACCAAAAUUUGAUAUACAAACAGCAGCUAUAUGGCUGGCACCGCUGACACUUACUGGUGGCGCUGUGGCGAUAUGGGCGUUCAAUAGGUACAGGCGAAAGAAUAAUGUGCACAUUAUGGCGUUAGACCUUGUCCGAGGAGUCCCAUUAACACUGAAGGAGAGGGAGACGAUGCUUGAGCUUCUCACUCCACCUUCUACCAGAUGGUGGGGAAAAUGGCUUCCUCGAUGACUUAAGAGUGUCGACUUUGGAUUCUGUUGCAAACUAGAUGAUAGAAAGAGCAACAAUCCCUUUGGUUUCUCUGUUUGAGCAAAGCCUUACUUUGUUGAGGUACUUUUAUUAAUCAUAUUUGAGUCUUAUUUGCUACAAA